AUGGUGAAUCUUGCUAAGGCAUUAGAAAAGGAAGGAAUCGCCGCCUUCCAUUUUGACUUUGCUAGAAAUGGUUACAAUACAUUGAUCCGGAUGCAAGAUAUGGGUAGAAAAGAUCAUCACUCCGAUACAAAGUUAUCGGUUAGCGAAAGGGUAGCUUACAGUGGUCCAUUGAGUGGACCUCUUAAUAAAAGACUAAGAAGAAAGAGUGUAAGGUUUAACAUACCAUAA